GAUACCCAAGAGAAUUUAAGGGAGGAGAGAUUUAUUUUGAGUUGUUGUUUCAGAGGUUUUGGUCAUGGUCAGCUGGUCCUGUUGCUUUUAGGUCUAUGGGAAAGCAGAUGUAUCAAGAAGGAAGGGAGGAAACCAAUUGUCUCAUUGUAAACAAGGCGAAGAGGAGUAACAGAAAGAGACCCAAGACUAGAUAAACCCUUCAAAGGAACAUACCAAGUAAUCAGCCUCUUAAUUAGACUCCAUCUUCUACCGUUUGACCACUUCCCAGGAAUCUGCUGACAGUCUCAGUCUAUCCAUAGAUUAAGUCAUUAAUUAGGUCAGAGCCUUUAUGAUGUAUUCAUCUGUGGGAACACCUCCUUAGAGGCCCAGGAAGAUGCUUUAAUAAGCUCCUAGGUGUCUCUCAGUCCAAACAAGUUAAUAAUUAAGAUUAACCAUCCCAAAGAUCAUUUUAAAAGUACAGAUGCGUACACAAAGAUAAGCACUAAGACAUCAGGUGGUACUUAAAUGACCAUCACAAGUUGUUAGGAUAUAUUAAGUUACAGGGCAUAUGCACCAUGAAACUGUUUUGACAGUAAUCUUGGAGUAGAAUUUCUAACCUGAAGACAUUGAUCACUAUUAUUUCUCUUAAGGACUUUUCACAUCUAAGUAGAAUGAAGAAGAGUUCUUAAAGGGAACAUAACCAGAAUGUAGCCAGUUAGAAUAGCUGAUGCGUAAAACAAUGAUUUUGCUUCUUUGUUUUUUACAUUGUCUUUCACACCACUUUAUUCCUUCCUUUCAAAUGUUUAUCACAUUUUUUAAUUUAUGUGCUAGGUGUGUCUUAUACACCAGAAUGCAAGGUGAAUUCCAUAAGCAUCUAGUGCUUUUUGCAUGGCCCAAAGGGGCCCUGUGCUGCUCCACUACAGAGGAAAAUUCAAGAAAUGCUGGUUUGCUACAGUGUUUUAGCUUGUGAGAGUCUCUGGGACCUUCCCUGCUCCAUCAUGGGGUCACCUCUAGGUCAUUUUACCUGGGACAAAUACCUAAAAGAAACAUGUUCAGUCCCAGCGCCUGUCCAUUGCUUCAAGCAGUCCUACACACCUCCAAGUAAUGAGUUCAAGAUCAGCAUGAAAUUGGAAGCACAGGAUCCCAGGAAUACCACAUCCACCUGUAUUGCCACGGUAGUUGGACUGACAGGUGCCCGACUUCGUCUGCGCCUUGAUGGCAGUGACAACAAGAAUGACUUCUGGAGACUGGUUGACUCCUCUGAAAUCCAGCCAAUUGGAAACUGUGAGAAGAAUGGUGGGAUGCUACAGCCCCCUCUAGGCUUUCGGCUGAAUGCCUCCUCUUGGCCCAUGUUCCUUUUGAAGACACUAAAUGGAGCAGAGAUGGCUCCCAUCAAGAUUUUCCAUAAGGAGCCACCAUCACCUUCCCACAACUUCUUCAAAAUGGGAAUGAAGUUAGAAGCUGUAGACAGAAAGAACCCUCAUUUCAUUUGCCCAGCCACUAUUGGAGAAGUUCGAGGCUCAGAGGUGCUAGUCACCUUUGAUGGGUGGCGAGGCGCAUUUGACUACUGGUGCCGCUUUGACUCCCGGGACAUCUUUCCUGUGGGCUGGUGUUCUUUGACUGGAGAUAACCUGCAGCCACCUGGCACCAAAGUUGUGAUUCCAAAGAAUCCUUCCCCUUCAUCUGAUGUGAACACUGAGAAGCCCAGCAUCCACAGCACCAAAACUGUCUUGGAGCAUCAGCCAGGGCAGAGGGGGCGCAAACCAGGAAAGAAGCGGGGCCGAACACCCAAGAUCCUUAUUCCCCAUCCCACCUCUACCCCAUCCAAGUCAGCUGAACCUUUGAAAUUUCCAAAGAAGAGAGGUCCCAAGCCUGGCAGUAAGAGGAAACCUCGGACUUUGCUGAGCCCACCACCCACCUCACCAACAACCAGCACCCCUGAACCGGACACCAGCACUGUUCCUCAAGAUGCUGCCACCAUCCCAAGUUCAGCCAUGCAGGCCCCCACAGUUUGUAUCUACUUGAACAAGAGCGGCAGCACAGGCCCCCACCUGGAUAAGAAGAAGAUCCAACAACUCCCUGACCAUUUUGGGCCAGCCCGUGCCUCUGUGGUGCUGCAGCAGGCUGUCCAGGCUUGCAUUGACUGUGCUUAUCACCAGAAAACUGUCUUCAGCUUCCUCAAACAGGGCCACGGCGGUGAAGUCAUCUCAGCCGUGUUUGACCGGGAACAGCACACUCUCAACCUCCCGGCAGUCAACAGCAUCACCUAUGUCCUCCGUUUCCUGGAGAAGCUCUGCCACAACCUUCGAAGUGACAAUCUGUUUGGCAACCAGCCCUUUACACAGACUCACUUAUCACUCACUGCCACAGAGUAUAACCACAGCCACGACAGGUACCUACCAGGUGAAAACUUUGUCCUGGGGAAUAGCCUGACCCGGUCCUUGGAGACACACUCAGACCUGAUGGAUUCUGCCUUGAAGCCUGCCAACCUUGUCAGCACAUCCCAAAACCUUCGGACUCCUGGCUAUCGGCCCUUGCUUCCCUCCUGUGGCCUCCCAUUAAGCACUGUCUCUGCUGUGCGUAGGCUCUGCUCUAAGGGAGUGUUAAAAGGAAAAAAGGAAAGAAGGGAUGUGGAAUCAUUUUGGAAACUAAAUCAUUCUCCAGGGUCAGAUCGACAUCUGGAGAGCCGAGAUCCCCCUCGCCUGAGUGGCCGGGACCCCUCCUCAUGGACAGUGGAGGAUGUGAUGCAGUUUGUCCGGGAAGCCGAUCCUCAGCUUGGAUCCCAUGCUGACCUCUUCCGAAAACAUGAAAUCGAUGGCAAGGCCCUGCUCCUGCUGCGCAGUGACAUGAUGAUGAAGUACAUGGGCCUGAAGCUGGGGCCCGCCCUCAAGCUCUCCUUUCACAUUGACCGGCUGAAGCAGGGCAAGUUCUGAACAGGAGGCACUCUUUUCCCAGGAAGCCGCCAGCCAGCUCCCAGGCACCUUAGUGGGCUCUGGGGGACCUCAGGACUCUAGGAGGCUGGAAAGCCACCACUGCUACCCUUCCUGCCCUGAUGUGUCCUUCCAUGAAGGACUGAGGAGGGAACAGUGGGGGCCCAGGGCUGGUGCUGCUCUUCCCCUUAGCCUGCUGUGGCUCCCAGGCCCUUCUAUUUAUUUCUCAAGGCUAGCCAGCCUCUCUCCACAAGUUUAGACGAGCACCUUUCAAGAGAUGAGGAGGACGCCAGCCUUAGGACCUUGAAAGGCCCUGGUACCCAGGCCCCUUGCCACCUCCUGGGCUUGGCAUAGUGUCCCACGGCCCCCAGCUCAUGCCUUCUCACUGGAUCCCCAGACUCUGAACUUUAUGGUGCAGACCUUUUUUAAAGAGAUCCUUUCUUAUUGCUAAUUUAUUGCUUCUGGCAUUUGGACUUAAUGCUUCUCUUGCACCAAACAUUUUUUUGGAAGAGGGAGACCAUCCUCUGGUCCAGAGAAGGCCUCUCCAGAGAAGUGUGGCCCUAUUUCAGAAGACACUGCCCUAGGGCACUUCUUCUCUGGAAUGGACAAAGUAUAUGGCUCACUGAGGUGAGGGUCUCUCUUCCUCCACUGGGUCCUUUGUAGCCCCAGUCUUCAUCGCUGAUGGAGUUUCCCCUCACCCUGCCCCCACAGCUCCCUGCCCUGGUCAGAAUUGCUGCAAAAGAUGGGGCCUAAUGCCAUUAGGUCAAGGGCCCCAAUGGUGGGACGGAGGACCUCAAGGCUGGAGGGGUUUUGCCCUCUGCUCGCUCCUGUGCUUUCCUCCUAAGCACGUCAGCAGCACUGCUGCCCCCCACUGCCAUCUGAACUAUUUUGUGUCCGUUUGUUUAUAAAUAAAAACCAAUACAAAUG